UACCAUACAAUUGUAAAACGGUAUCGGUAAUCAAUUUGUCAACUGAAGCCGGCAAAUUCUGUUUGCAGUGGUUUGCAGACAUCUAAGAUGGCAGAGAUCGAAGCUGGGCAAGCAUUAUCACCUGGAUCUUCAGACAAAAUUCAGUACGAAUCCGCGACAAAAAAACGCCACAAGCUAUUCAGAGUUAAACGAAAGACAGCUUUUGUGAUUGCGGCUCUCAUAGCAGUGUUAGGUUUUAUUUUCUUCAUCAUAGGUUUGGUUCUCAUAGUGAAGAGUCGUAGCGCCAAAUCUGAGACACAUAAAACAAGCAUUGAGGGAGACAUCCGUGAAGAUGAUGAGAUUGGAAAGUGCGCAUUUUCAGCCGAGGCAAAGCGUGUAGGUCUCCUUGACUUUUUGAAGAGGAUUGAUAGUACCGUCCGUGAGCUUCAUCCUUACGAUGCUCGUUUCAUGACAGGAGUCUCCAUUGAAGAUAAGAAAAAGAUAUUCCAACCAUAUAACCCAACCCCGGAGAGUAUCAAAGCCAUUUCUGAACGCGCGCAUUCUAUGUUGGAGGAGUUGGGAAGUUUAAAGAUCGACAAGAAGCUUCUCCUUACACGUGAACGGCGCAUGAUCGCUAAAACGCAUCAUUUCUUGAAGCACUACUUCGGGCGGCCUUUUGAAAACAAUUAUUUAGCCGGUUACUGGAUGUUGGGACCAGGCAGGUACUGCUAUCGGACUUUCAAGGGCAUCACAUCUAUCAAGCAACAGCUCACCACCGUAUUUCUCCUUUUCGCUCCUAAGACAGCGUCUGAACUGGAAGCAGCUUUGAAUCUUCUCGCCAAAUUCAAAACCGGGAUUAAACAGUUCAAGGAAAACUUGAAAAGCGGGAUUCGAACCGGUAUGGUAGGGUCCGUCACUGUGUGCAAAGAAGGAAAAGAAUGUCUAGAAGACAUUUACAUUGAGGUCUCUUCGCAGCAAUCGGGCCGCGGAAUCCUGACGGCUUUUCAAGAUCAAAUUUCAAUCUUUGUCUCUGAACUAAGCUCCCAAGAGGCUGCAAAGAUUAUGGCAAAGCACGGAAUGAAUGGUGCUGAUCUUGUGGAGGAGAGCCUCGUUCGUAAUGUUGGAUCACCGUUGCUUGAUUUAUUUGAGUACCUUCAGAAUGAACACUUGUCACACUGCUUACCGACCAAUGUGUCAAGUGGACUGGGUACGUUGCCUGUCAAUCAUGUCUACCUCAACGGGAGUAAAACCUUAGAGAUGACAAAUCCGACUUUCAGAGAAGGAGACACGGUCCUACCUGGAAAGGAGUCUUACAAAAACUUCUUGUCUUACUACACAACACAAGAAAUUACACCAGUUGAAGUUCAAGAUUUGGGUUGGGAGAUGUUGAAGAAACUUUACCUACAAGCGGUGGAUAUUGCUAAGAAGAUCACCAAACAGGACACUGAGGAGAUAGCUGUAAAUCAGUUUACAAAAUACCUCAACUCGACGGAAAUGUACUUUAAUGAAAACCCUUUUCCGGAAAAUGAAUCUAAUGAAGAGGCCUUUCGCAAAUGCAAGAGUGAGGAGGCCGCCCAAAUCUAUUGUCCACAGCGUUACAAAACGAUGUUAAAAUGGCUGGAUUUGUCACGCAACACCAUGUCACGCCUUUUGCCAAAAUUGACAGAUUUAUUUUACUUCACUGGAAACAAGACCACCGUUCCCACCUGCCCAGUUGCUAUGGAAAUAUCAUUCAAUCCCUUACAACCCGUGCAAAGUUAUUCUACGAGUGGAAGUUCAUGUCAAUCGCCCAGCAAGUACAAAGUGCCCUUCUUUGUUGAUCGAAUGGGGCCAAAGUACUUUGAGUUCACAGUGAAUGCACAUGAGGCUAGCCCCGGACACCAUUUGCAGUCUCAGGGAUACGUAGAAAACUUCCGAGAUGUAUGCCGGGAAGGCGUCAAUUUUCAAUUCCUAAAGGAUAUUACAGGAAUUGCCAUUAGAGAGGGUUGGGGUUUAUACUCCGAGAAUCCACUAGCAGCACAGGAUACAGAUCUAUAUCACAACCGUAUCCUUGAACGUUACGGUGCUCUCAAGGGUCAAAUAUGGCGCGCACUUCGCCUCAUCAUAGAUACCGGCCUCCAUUCUAGGAACAUGACGCGAGAAGAAGCCAUAGAUCUCUUUCGGCGUUAUAUGUGGGAUUACAGCGACGUUGUUCCAAACGAGGUCAGUCGAUACCAGGCAUAUCCGGGACAGGCGACCGCCUACAUGACUGGUCAGCUGGCAAUUUGGAGAAUGCGCAAUGAAACUUCAAAGAAACUCGGAGCAAAGUUCAAAAUACAAGAUUUUCAUUAUCAGGUAUUGUCCCAAGGCGAAGUUCCAAUUUCAUACCUUCAGACCCAUAUUGAGGAGUACGCCAACUGUGUCCUGCAUGAAAGAGGCAACGGUUGUUGGGAUGCUCUUACUGUUGUUAACGAACAAGAGCAUUACGGACAGACAUCUGCAAUAGAUGAGCGACAACAGCGGGUAAUACGAGAGAAAUUAAACCAGCUAUAUCCCGCAGACUCUUGUAUAUUUUAGCGAUGUAAAUGAUAACACGUAGCAUAGAGUAUUUUAAUGUCCACAUUGGGAAUUUUUGUAGUGAAUUGACAGAGAUCUCAGACCAAUGUUAUUUUCUGAGCAACGGCACACCUACCCCUCCCCUAACCCAAAAACAGUCAACUGUAAACAGCUUAGGGUUAAAAUGUACAUGUUGGGUCAGGGGAAGGGUAGGUGCGCAAUUGUUCAGAUUCUGUAAUAAUAAUUUAUCUGAGAUCUCGCUGUCUAAGAGAAAACACUAAAUACAGCCUUAUUCGUUUAAAAACAAUGGAGCACUUGGUCAUUAUAAGAGCUUCAUUGCUUUUUCUUUAGACUUUAUCUGCCAUGUGUUUUUCCAUUGGCUCAGCGGGACAGAAAUAGGAGGGAAAUGUUUUCUCAUAGUCCGCCGGAGCCUGGUAAUGAAUCAUGUGAUUUUUGACGGGGAGUUUUCUUUUUUUUUAAGCCCGCCAUAUCUGUCGUUUUCUCGCCCAUCAACUCAUUCGAUAGAUUUCAAGUUUAAGUGAUGAAAUGAUCUUCUCAGGUGAGUUGCUAAAAUUGCGGUCCGCCUGCGAGGAUCAUUUCACUGAAGAUUUGUGAUCAAAUUUCAUCACGUUGUUGUUCACGUUGUACUGUACAGUAUCGUCAGUCGUAUUGAUAUUUGCGCGUAUGGAUCUGCAUGUAUGGAUCUGUUGAGUCUGCAGAAAAGGUUCGAGUUGAUAGCGUUCUUCAUGUCAUAGCUGUCGAUGGUUUGUGAGAAAAAUGUCAAAUUAGUUUGGUAAAUAAACAAAGAAGGCAAUGAUAGAAAAAAGAAAGUAGAAAUAUCGCUUAUUGCACACAUCAUUUUAUCCUUUACAUCCUAACAUCAGUAUCUAUCUUCUCCAUACUCCUCUCUCUUUGUUUCUUUUGGUGCUGACAAGGAGAAUUCAUUUAAAGAUCAAAGCUUCCAAGGUUGGUGAUCGUUUCCUUUAUUCUCUUGAUCUUAAUGAAUGGUUUAGCUGUAUUAUUGUAAGGAGAAAUUAGAUGCUGAUCACUCCUAGAGUUUAAACGAUUAAUACUUUUAAGAUUCGCAAAUCAAAACGAUGUCUUUUAAACCUUUUAACUGCAGGCAAAAGUUGGAAAAUACAGGGUUAACCCAGCGUUUGAAAAGUGUUAAACUGUGUGUAUCAGAAUUAAAACCAAGC